AUGGCAUUCGCCGACAGCAAAACAGCCCGCUGGCUCUGGGGCAACAACGCCAACGACCGCCAGCUCCUCGCAAGACUCGACAUCACUCUCUUGCCAUAUUUCUCGCUAAUAUGGUUCCUGUUUGGCGUGACUCGCGCCAGUUAUUCGUCGGCCUACGUUAGUGGCAUGCAAGAAGCCUUGAACUUUCAGGGUAAAGAUUACAAUUACAUGAACACGGCGUAUCUUGUGGUCUAUGCCGUGUGCCAGAUGCCAGGGACGAGUCUGUUGACGGUUGCGAGACCGAAAUAUGUCUUUGUGGCGGCCAAUGUGGUCUGGAGUGUGUUGACGUUGAUCACCUACAAGACGACGGCAGCAUGGCAGGUUAUUCUUUUGAACGCGAUUGAGGGUGGAUUUUCGGCUAUUGCUUAUGUCGGCGCGCAAUUCGUUCUUGGAUCAUGGUACAAGAAAAAUGAACUGGGAACGCGAGCUGCGGUGUUCUGUGUCUUUGGUCAGCUAGGUUCUAUGGCCGGCGGCUGGAUCCAAGCUGGACUGUUGCAGACAUUGUCAGGAAAGAGUGGCCUUCCAGCGUGGAAGUGGAUUUUCAUCAUUGUUUCGGUCAUGACUAUCCCGGUUGCUUUGUUUGGAUGGGUGUUUAUUCCCGACCUUCCCAUUCACAAAGCUGCGUGGUACCUGACCGCCGAGCAGAAGGAAUAUGCAGUUUCAAGACUCGGUGCUAGUCGCAAGGAGACUUGGGAUUUGACCGUGUUCAAGCGCAUCUUUCUGAGCUGGCAAUUUUACCUGCUCCCGUUCCUCUUCAUGCUAUACUCACUAUGCGUGCAAAUGCUCCAAAACAACGUCAUGCCCUUAUGGAUGGAGGCGCGCGGCUACACCGUCAUCCAGUACAACAACUACCCCACAGGAAUAUAUGCUACCGCCAUCCUCGGAACAGUCGUCUAUGCCGUCAUAUCCGACAGAAUCAAAUCCCGCUGGGAAGUCUCCGUCGCAAUCGGCCUCACCUUCAUCAUCGGUUCGGCCAUUCUCGUCGGCACUGAUGUCGACAACGAUGUUGCUCAUUUCGUCUCGUUUUAUCUACUGGGUACAACAUUUGCGCCUCAGGCAGUUUGGUAUUCGUGGAUGGCCGAUUUGACGAGUCACGAUGUCCAGCUGCGAGCGAUCACGACGGGAUUUAUGAAUUCGUUCGAUUUCGCAUUCGUCACGUGGUGGCCGUUGAUCUUUUAUCCUGUGACAGAUGCGCCGGAUUAUCACAAGGGUUAUAUUGCCAGUCUCGUAACGGGUGCGUUGACGUUGCCGUUUAUUGCUAUCGUCACGUAUCUGGAGAAGCGCGACACAGCAAGAGGGUUGAUCGGUAGGGUUCAGGAGGAUACCAGCAGCGGUAGUAGUCAGGAUGAAGAGCAGAAUGCUGGAGGACCCAAGGAUAUUGAUAGUAGGGUCAAUGUUCGAUCGGCGGAAGUUGGAGUCUGA